AUGGCUGUUAAUAACGCCCCAGGGCAGGUACCCGGAUCCAAUGUGGGUUCUGGUCCUGGCCCCGGUCCUGGCCCUGGCCUUGUGCCUACUGCUCCAGGCUCUACACCCAUCGUCAACUCGCCUGCACAACGUCUUGAUGCUAUUGAUGAACAAGUCUGGCUUCAACUCGGGUCGCUUGCAGAGUCGAUGGGCGAGUACGAUCGCGCGAUGGCUGCAUAUGAAUCAGCCCUUCGACAUAACUAUCAAUCGGUCAAUGCACUUAAUCUGAUUGCUGAGCUGUUCCGCUCGCGCGAGAAUUUUCCGAAGGCUGCUGAAUACUUUCAAAGAAUCCUCGAAAUUGAUAACGCAAGCGGCGAGGUCUGGGGCUCACUUGGACACUGUUACUUGAUGAUGGAUGAGCUUCAGAAAGCUUACAACGCGUAUCAAAAUGCUCUACAUCAUCUGCCAAAUCCAAAGGUUUCUAAGCUUUGGUAUGGUAUUGGUAUUCUCUAUGACCGUUACGGAUCAGUGGAGCAUGCCGAGGAAGCUUUUUCAGCGGUGAUGCGAAUGGAUCCCAAGUAUGAGAAGGCAAAUGAGAUCUACUUCCGGUUAGGCAUCAUCUACAAGGGUCAGCAGAAAUAUUCUCAAAGCUUAGAGUGCUUCCGCUAUAUUUUACGCACGCCUCCGCGUCCCUUGACUGAGGCCGAUAUCUGGUUCCAAAUUGGUCAUGUACACGAGCAACAAAAGGAGUAUACGAGUGCCAAAGAGGCAUAUGAGCGUGUUUUAGCCGAGAAUCCAAAUCAUGCUAAAGUUCUGCAACAGCUUGGCUGGCUUUACCAUCAACCGAAUGCGGCAUUCAUGAAUCAGGACCAUGCUAUCAGGUUCUUAACUCGCUCGAUUGAGAGUGACAACACGGAUGCUCAGUCAUGGUAUUUAAUGGGCCGAUGUUACAUGGCUCAACAAAAGUACAAUAAGGCAUACGAGGCCUAUCAGCAGGCUGUUUACCGUGAUAGUCGAAAUCCGACAUUUUGGUGCUCCAUUGGAUUGCUUUACUUCCAAAUCAACCAAUACAGAGAUGCACUUGAUGCCUAUAGCAAGGCUAUUCGCAUCAAUCCCAACAUCAGUGAGGUCUGGUACGAUCUUGGUACCCUAUAUGAGUCAUGCAAUAAUCAAGUCAGUGAUGCGAUCGACGCUUAUCAACGCGCUUCUGAUCUCGAUCCAGACAACCAGCGCAUUAAGCAGCGUCUAGCAUAUUUGCGUCAAAACAAUGGUGCACCAGGCGGCGUACCUCCUCCCCCUCUUCCCGAGGAGAUGAAUCCGAACGCCUAUCCUCCCUCGGGAGGUCCUGGAGGUCAGCACUCGUUUAGUCAGGUAACUUUUUAA